AUGCGCGGCGUUUUCCUGCACGUCAUGGCCGACACGCUCGGUUCGGUCGGCGUCAUCGUCUCCACCCUCCUGAUCCGCUGGACGGGGUGGACGGGUUUCGACCCCCUCGCCUCACUGUUCAUCGCGACGCUUAUCCUCGCCUCCGUCUUCCCGCUCGUGCUCGAUGCCGCGCGCGUCCUGGUCCUAGACGUGGGACCGUACUCCGAGCCGACGCUCCGCAAGGCGCUCGGCGACGUCUCGACCGUGCGCGGCGUCAAGUCCUACUCGGCCGCGCGCCUGUGGCCGCGCGAGGGCGCCAACCUCGUCGGCUCCCUACACGUCCAGCUCGCCCCUGGCGCCGACCCCGCAAAAGUAUCGGCACGGGUCGAGGCCGCUUUGCGCUCUCGCGUGCCGGGCUUAAAGGAGCUCGUGCUCCAAAUCGAAGGAGACGAGCGCUUCUGCACCUGCAUGACAUCGUAG